UACAGGAAGAACUAUGGCCACGCACACGGGAGGGGGAGUUUAAAGGCGGUGAUUAUUCCCCCUCCUCCUAAAUUUAUUUAUUUCACUUUUCUCCCCCGAAUGUCCUUUUGCAUCUGAUUGCAGCGUAUUAGUGUGCAUUUAACCGGGGAUUUUCUCAAGGGGGCAAAUCCUGAUUUGUUUCCUAUAGCUGCUGCAAAGCGGAGAGAGCUCGUUUGCCAGGGCUGGCGUUGCCUCCUGUCUCUCACGGCCACUUCCCGUCACGGAGGAACCGUGUAAGAGGACGGAGGGAGCCAGCUCCGGGAAAGCAAGGGAUCGGUCCAGGAAAACGCAGCCCCAUCCGUGGAGGGAAGGAAAAGAUUAUCGCAGCUUAACGGAUCUGCAUUUAGUACCCAUUAGAACCGUUUCAAAAGUCUUUUUUUUUUUUUUUCGGACGGAUAGGUGACCGGCCCUUCUCUUUUCCCGGUCCCGAGUAGAUCUACAGGAUUAAUGGGACAUUUGCCUCCGUAGGUCUCGCUCCCCCCGACGGACCCUCGCUCCAACUUUACUCCGGCGCUGUCCAGCCUCUGGUCGGGGGGGGGGGGGGGGGGAGCUGCCCCGUGCCUCGCCCGGGUCGGGCAUAGGGGCCGCAACGCUAGUCUAACAUGGCAGGAAACAUCAAGAAAAGCGUGGGGCUGAUCGGGAUGAUGAAGGACGCGUUCCAACCCCACCAUCACCACCUUCAUUCCCACCACCAGCCCGGGGCCGUGGACAAGAAGACUGUGGAGAAAUGCUGGAAGCUCAUGGACAAGGUGGUCCGGCUGUGUCAGAACCCCAAGCUGGCGCUGAAGAACAGCCCGCCGUACAUCCUGGACCUGCUGCCGGACACGUACCAGCAUCUGCGCACCAUCCUCUCGCGCUACGAGGGCAAGAUGGAGACGCUGGGCGACAACGAGUACUUCCGCGUCUUCAUGGAGAACCUGGCCAAGAAGACCAAGCAGACCAUCAGUCUCUUCAAGGAGGGCAAGGAGCGAAUGUAUGAGGAGAACUCGCAGCCCAGGCGUAACCUGACCAAGCUCUCGCUGAUCUUCAGUCACAUGCUGGCCGAGCUCAAGGCCGUUUUCCCCAACGGCCUGUUCCAGGGAGACAACUUCCGGAUCACCAAGGCGGACGCGGCAGAGUUCUGGCGGAGGUCCUUCGGGGACAAGACCAUCGUGCCAUGGAAGAUAUUCCGUCAGGCUCUGAACGAGUUCCACCCCAUCAGCUCGGGCCUGGAGGCCAUGGCCCUCAAGUCCACCAUCGACCUCACCUGCAACGACUAUAUCUCCGUCUUCGAGUUUGACAUUUUCACCCGCCUCUUCCAGCCCUGGUCCUCCCUGUUACGAAACUGGAACAGCCUGGCUGUGACUCACCCCGGGUACAUGGCCUUCCUCACCUACGAUGAGGUCAAGGCCCGUCUGCAGAAGUUCAUCCACAAACCUGGCAGCUACAUCUUCCGCCUGAGCUGCACCCGGCUUGGCCAGUGGGCCAUCGGCUACGUUACGGCUGAUGGCAACAUCCUGCAGACCAUCCCACACAACAAGCCCCUGUUCCAGGCCCUCAUUGAUGGAUUUCGGGAAGGCUUCUAUCUGUUCCCAGACGGCCGUGCUCAGAAUCCCGACCUGACGGGUCUGUGUGAGCCGUCUCCGCAGGACCACAUCAAGGUCACACAGGAGCAGUACGAGCUCUACUGCGAGAUGGGCUCCACCUUCCAGCUGUGCAAGAUCUGCGCCGAGAACGACAAGGAUGUGAAGAUUGAGCCAUGUAGCCACCUCAUGUGCACGUCCUGCCUCACUGCCUGGCAGGAGUCCGAGGGCCAGGGCUGCCCAUUCUGCCGUUGCGAGAUCAAGGGCACGGAGCCCAUCGUGGUCGACCCGUUCGACCCCAAGGACAACAGCGGCUUCUCCUAUGGUGGCUGCAGGGGGGCCCUGGGGGCUGAGGGGACCCCCUCCCCCAGCUAUGACGAUGACGAUGAUGACCGGCUAGAUGACCCCCACCUCAUCAUGAGCAGGCUGGCCUGUGACAAGGUGGAGCGCCCCCCCUCGCCCAUGUCGCUGACCCCCCAGGCAGCACUGCCCCCAGUACCCCCUCGGCUGGAUCUCCUACCACACCGGCCCCCCAACCCCUCUGGAGCCUCCAGUCCGGGUGCGACGUCAAAGGCUGCAGCGCACCACAAGGACAAGCCCCUCCCACUGCCACCAACGCUGCGUGACCUGCCGCCCCCCCCACCCCCUGAGCGUCCCCACUCAGCGGGGGCCGAUGCCCGCAUGCUGCGGCGCCCCUUGCCCUGCACACCGGGGGAUCCGCCACGGGACAAACUACCGCCUGCCCCACCCAACCGGCCCACGGCGGACUGGACCGCCCGGCCCGUGCCCAAGGCCCCCCCGCAGACGCUGGGCCUCCGUGACCUGUCCAACCGCCAUUCCCUGCCCCUGGCACUACCCUCAGACACACACAGCGGAGCUCUCAGCCUGGAUCCUCAGCUGAGUGGCGGUGCCGGGUCCUCUGUGCCCGUGGAGGGUGACCUACCCAGGGUCAAGUGCUCUGUUUCUGCCAAUGCCAUUUACAGCAUGGCUACCAGGCCCCUCUCCAACCUCAAGCAACCCCUUGCAGCCGAGGUCCAUGAAGGUGAUGAAGAGUCAGACUACAUGACUCCCAGCUCGCGGCCCGCCCUCCCGGGCCUGGCUGCCGGCAUGGGGGAAGCCGCCUCUGGCCCACGGCCGCCUCAGCCUGGCAUCCUGAGCUCACGCUCCCUGCUGGCUGACCUGGACGUUGAGACCUAUGAGUCCAUGUACAACAUCCAGGUCCACACAGCCGGCGCGCUCGACGCUUGCCAGGGCGGAGACUCUGAUUACUCUGAGCUGCCCACCACAGUCUGCUCCAACGGCCCUGGUGUGACAGGAGAUGAAGAUGAGGAAGACGAUGAUGAUGGCUACGAAUUCCCUACACCGGUCCUGCCUCAGUCAGGUCGACCUGCCUUUCUAGAGCCCGCUGCUGCCUCCCCCUGUCCCUCCACAUCCUUCAGCCACCUCUCUCUGGACAGUGAAUCCUGUGCUGCAACCGCAUUCCCCCCUGAGCUCGGAAAUGCCCCAGAGAGGCCACCCAAGCCGCUGCCACGACGGAUGCCCAUGGAGCAUAGGGGGAGCCCCGGGGGCAGCCCUGCACCCACCCCGCCCCCCGCUCCUCCUGGGAUCAGCAGUGAGGUGGAGCAGCUAAGGAGCCUGGGGUACUCCUACCAGGACAUCCAGAAGGCUCUGAUGAUCGCACAGAACAAUGUGGAGAUGGCCAAGAAUAUCCUGCGAGAGUUUGUCUCUGUCCCUUCCCCGGCUCACAUCCUCACAUAGCGCACGUCCCCCCCCCACACACACACACACCACUCCCCCCCCACCAUCUUACCGCCGUAAUUAUGUGCUGAGAGGAUGACGUUGUGGGCGUAUCUUGGCCUUUGCCGCCCAAUUGGCUGGCUCUUGCCCUCUGCAAGCUUUUCAGAUGGUCUUGUUUUCUCUUCUGUGGGUGAUGACUCACAAGGUCGAUAUCUCUUUCAUUUUUUCCGCCAAGAAAUGGAUGAAGUAUAAAUAUCUGUAGUAAACCCAAAUCUCCCCCUUCUGGCUCUGAGCUGCUACUGACUGGCUGGGAAGUGCUCGGGCUGUACUCUUUGACACUCUUAAGUGCCAGCAAGUGUACUUUUAUUCCCUAGUUUUUAUACCCCAACCACAUACUCACACACAGCAGCAUGAUUCUGACGCCCCAAGCUUGCCUUAUAGUCUCUGCUGAUGACAAACGCCUCCUGCUCUGUAGCUACACACGGUCAGGGGGGAUUGGCUCGUCUGGAGGCCUUCUCCCCCCUGUGACACGAAUGCCAUGCCUGUUUUCCAAGGAAGUCGCACACACUCAUCCGCGGAACUCGACAGCUGACACUGACCCGCAGCAGGGGAUUCUGGGAGGUCCCUGUCAGGCUCAUGUGGCUCCCCUAGACGCAAUGAGGGACUUUGUGGUCUAGUGCCGUAUUGAAAUAAAUGUGGACCACUGUAAUACCCCACCUCCCAGGUAGUUUUUCUUCCAGAACCUUUCAGUGAACCUUCGAAUGACAGGCUUAUAUGGGUGAAGAGAGAACAUUUCAAAUUGUGUUGAUUAACUGGUGAGGAAGCUAAUUUACUAAUGUAGAACUCCCCCCAGUGAUGGGAGGUUGUGAAUGGGUCCGAACAUGUUCAACGUGUUUCAAACCUUAUCGUUGUUGUUAUUGUUGUUAUUAUUAUUAUUAUUAUUAUUAAUAAUAAUAAUAAUAGUUCAGAAGUGCUUUACUGCUGCUACUAUUGUCCGUGCUAAACAAUUAAGCCUUAAGUGUACAUUUGUGAAUAUUGUAUGGUUUAACAGUUUUUUUUUUUUUUUUUGUUAGUUUGUUUUUAAAGUGACAGUAUGCUUUAUUUUCUUUUGUGGUGUAGCAUACUUGAAAAAAAUAUAAGCAGCUUGUGAAACCACUGCAAGGCCUCUGUUGACUUCAGACAGUCGUGCAAGAGCACAGGGUUUAAUUGUAGCAAGACAUGGUUUGAUUUUAAAAGUCAAGAAAUGCUAAUUCAUUAAAUACAAAUAAAUUAAUGAUGACUGUACAAUA